AUGACAUGUCCGCAUCAAGGUCCACAUGUCAUGAGCCAACAAGCUUCCAAAAUGUCAAUUUGCCUUGACGAGUCCGAAGAGUUAAAAAAUCCUAGCAAAAUCUCGGGAGCGCUUCGCGUUCAACAUUCGGAUUUAUCGCGUUUAGAGCUCCUGAUACGUCCGACGACUCACGAAAUUUUCGGGAAUGUGAAAUUGGAACAACUCUACGAGACUUCCUGUCUCUCAAUGGUUCAACAUAACGAGAGACAUGACGUCAUUUCGGGGAUAUGCCUCUGCAAUUACCCCAAUAUACCGUCCAUAUCGCCGGACGAUUGGUUGACCUGGUUAACAACAAUUUACGGGAUUCCCUCUGCCACGGAACGGAACACAAUGUUCAUACACUUACUCGUAUGGGAUGAGCUCUACUCGAAUGAGUUUCUUGGAGAGUUAUUGGCUGCAGUGUUCGACAGCACUACCUAUUGCCAAUACGUGGUUCUCAUAAUUCCAUCCCAAGUUGAAUCAGUGCAUUUGAGCGUGUUCGAGCAAGAGAUGACUAAAGUCUUGGCCAAAACUGCCAUGCCAAACGUCGCGCUGCAAUUUCUCUAUCUGACUAAUCGACAUCGAUUACGUCCAAAGUUGAAAAUACGGAGAGUCGUAGAGGAGGAUAACGAUGACGUAAUUGCGAUUAUCAACGGUGAAGAUAUGCUAAAGAAGCUUUAUGGAGAGUAUUAUAUUAGUGAGAUGAUUCGUCAUCCGAGCAAUUGUCGUCAAUUGAUCAUCGGAGAGGAUAGCAAUGGCUCGGCAGUGGGUGUUAUGUGUCUCAAUGUUAUAAUCGAUAUCGAUCUGCUUAACAAGAAUUUUGAAUUAAUUCCAUACAAUGGUUUAAAAAAAUCGCGGGAAAAUGAUCGUACUGUUGAAUAUAAUGAGACGAUGCAAUCUCAAUUCGUUCCCCAUGUUUUCCCGACGCCGGAUAACGAAAUAAAUGCCUUCAUUUUGGAGAUGUUUGCGAUGCGCGAUGAAAUGAGGCCUCACUGGUCCCACGAUUUCUUGGAGGCUGCUUUCGAUUGCUUCCCGCAUUUAGAGUACUGCCGCGUACCGUUGAGAUGUAAUAGAGAUUUCUCUAUGACGCUGUACAUUCUACACCGAGCGGUUGUUUGCGAAGAGUUGAUGUGUCGCCGUGCCCAAAUACAAGAUCGUGAAGCUAUAGAGAGACUCUUGCUCACUAUAUCAACAAAACACCAAGUUUUGGCUGAUUUUGAUUUUGCUAUGGAUCCUUUACAGGCUGUACAGCGUGAUUGUUUCGUCUUUGAAAGUAACGAUAUAAUGCUGGGGCUCGCUAUACUGUGGUUAUUACGUAUAUUCCCUUGUAUUUCUUAUAUCAUGAAUGAUAUUCAAAUAUCCAAAUUUUCUUUACUUUAUGUUGUAAGUAUUUCUCAAAAUGAUUACGGAUGUCUCUUACAUUUUGUUCUUAUGCCAAUUUUUUCCGCUUACCAUCGCUUCUUCUUGCGCGAGCUCACACGUUUAAGCAAGUUAACGGUAAUCUUUUAUCGGCUUCAUCGCAAAGAUGAGACUGCAUUGACGUGGAUAUAUCCUUUGGUAUCCUGUUUGAACGAUAUGAUUCCGGUAGAUCCCCGUAGACAAAUUGAAUAUGAAUUUCCGAUUGUUCAGGAAAACUUCAAUAGCUGGGAAAAUAAUACAAAAUGUGAAAGAAAUGAUAUUGCGAACGAUGAAUUUUCUCUAUUUAUGACGUCACCGAGAUUAGCCAUGAUGCCACGUACAAUUAUCGAUACGAGGAUCGUUGUCGUUGGAGGAUCGGACUGUGGAAUUGCUUUCGCAGAGUAUCUGGCUUUACGAUUAACGCAGCGUUAUAUACAAUUGACAAAUCUUACGUUAAUAUCGCCACAUGGUAUACCAUUUGAUAACGAAUCGAGUCGUUCAGAUUGUUGCGAGUACUUGCUUCCAUUCAGAGGAAAGUUUCACUCAGGAUAUCGUCGCUAUGUAGUCGCACGGACUUGGCUUAACACCAUCUACGGAACUAUGGCAGCGAUCAACAGGAAGGAGAAAUAUGUAACUGUGAUGAAUCAAGGAAAUUUCGCGUACGAUUAUUUGGUUUUAACGUGUGGCUUACAGUAUCAAAACUCGACAUUAUGGGAAAAAAUAAAAAUGAAAAAGCAAAAAAAAAACAAGAUACAAGACCAAACGCCAUGGAAUUGUCUGACCGUAAACAACGAUAAGGAAGCUUCUACUUGCUUCAGAAAGAUUCAAUGGUUAACAGAGGAUUUUAAAGAAAGGAAAGCGAUAUUUUUUUACGGACGUAAUAUCGAUUGCUACUGUACACUUGGUGGUUUAAUCAAGCUCGGAGUAAAGCCUUCGUGGAUCACGUUGAUUGAACCGAACUCUUUCAAGUCUUGCAAAACACGCGACCAAGCUUUCUUUCACGAUUAUGAAGUGAACAAAGCGGUGACAAAUGCCAUUUUACAAAGUGGAGUUCAAGUUUUUUCCGAAUGGACCGUGAUCGAUUGGAAAACUCUGGAAAACGAUGAUGCAAAGCUCAUGAUCAAGAGUAUUACGAUUGAAAAGGAGGAAGAAAAGAAAAAGUUGACUUGCGACGUUCUUUUCAAUUUCUAUGAGAAAACGAUCGAUUUAAACGCAUAUUUAAGUAAAGGGCGAGAAUACAUGAUCUUACUAAUUUCUAAUUCAUUUUCAAUUACAUUUAAAAUUGCGUUUAAUGGAUAUCGAAAAUUCAAUUUCUCACAUAGAUCGGUAUUCAUAGUCGCAUUUUGUCGAGCUGGUCUCAUUUUCGAUGGUUCAUUAGUAAUAAACCUGGAAUGUCGUACCAACGAUCCGUUUAUUUUCGCCGCUGGUACCAUGACGAAAUAUUCCCGAAAAUUUUAUGCCGACAUCUGGCAGCACAAAUAUUACAAUAGCAUGGAAAUUGGAGAGAGACUCGCUCAAAUUUUAUGGAAAGUGAUUGAAACGGACGUGCAAGUUUUCGAGCAAAUAUCAGAAAAGAAAGAGAAAAUCAUGCAUUUGACACCAUCGACAUUCCGUGCACCUAUCGUAAUUGCUUGCAUUUUACCAGGUGAUUAUCAUUACUUGCAUGUAUGUAAACCCGGAAAAACAAUAUGGGAUAACACGACGAAGAUCAAUCACAACCAUGUAAAUGUAUUUGUAACCGGUUCUUGCGAAUCUGAAAUUGGAUAUUUUCGCAUUCAAUUGAAUAUGUAUGACACUGUGGAAAGUAUAACCUGCAUAAGCAGAAAGACAUUUCGAACGCAGGACAUGAUUGUUUUAUAUGGAAAACACGAGAGCAUGUUAAACGAAUUGAAAUUCCGUUUUCAAAAUUCAGAAAUCUCAGAUUUCUACGCGUAUUUUCGCGAACCUUGGGCCGCGAUGAUUCUCCAUGAUAGAUUCGAUUGUCUGCGCGUUGAAAAUCGAGCUAUUUUGCUGUCACAAACGGACAUUUCUUUAGUCGAUGAUUGCAUUGACAUGUUAAUCGAAUCAAAGUGGAAAACGAUAUCCAAAAAGAAUCGAAAUUACAUCGAAUCUAGAUAUGCUGGCUCGGCUUAUCAUCAAGAAUUGGAGAAUAAUCUCAUGAAUUUUCUCGAAUUUUACGAGAAUGAACUACCUAUGUAUUGUACUUUGCGUAAACAGCACCAAAUGUAUAUGGACAUUGAAGAAAGUCCGUUAUAUUUUGAUCAAUAA